GAGACGUUCUGAUAGUUUUAAAGGGCCAGAGCUUGCACCUCGCAUUUUCAGAAUGGGAAUCUUGCAAAGUCUUUGCCAGUCCUUUGAAAGACCCAAGAACACCAAUGUUCGGCUGAAGCUGCCUGUGGUCUGUUUCAUCUGGCAGACCGCCAUGAUCAUCCUGUUCGGCAUUUUCAUCCGCUAUAACCCGGAGGCCGACGCUCACUGGCCUGAAUUCAAGAAGCAACAAAAUAUAACCAGCGACAUAGAAAACGACUUUUACUUCAGAUACCCCAGCUUCCAGGAUGUCCACGUGAUGAUAUUUGUGGGCUUCGGCUUCCUCAUGACCUUUCUGAAGCGCUACAGUUUUGGGGCUGUGGGCUUCAACUUCCUGAUUGCUGCCUUUGGAAUCCAGUGGGCUUUGCUAAUGCAGGGCUGGUUCCAUCAUCUGGACUUCAACGAUGGGAAGAUCAAGAUUGGGAUAGAAAACCUUAUCAAUGCUGAUUUCUGUGUUGCGGGCUGUCUGAUUGCCUAUGGAGCGGUGCUGGGGAAAGUCAGUGCAGUUCAGCUGAUGGUGAUGACCCUGUUUGGAGUUACUCUUUUCGCAGUGGAGGAGUACAUCAUCCUGAACCUCAUUCAUGCUCGGGAUGCUGGUGGCUCCAUGGUUAUCCAUGUAUUUGGGGCAUAUUAUGGUCUGGCCAUCUCUCGAGUUCUUUAUCGACCAAAUCUAGACCAAAGCAAACGCCUGCAAGGCUCUGUCUACCACUCUGAUGUGUUUGCCAUGAUUGGCACCCUAUUCCUCUGGAUGUUCUGGCCCAGUUUCAACUCGGCCAUCGCUGGCCACGGGGACGGACAACACAGGGCUGCUAUCAACACCUACCUAUGUCUGGCAUCCUGUGUGGUCACUGCAGUGAUGAUUUCCAGUGUUGUAGAGAAGAAGGGCAGACUUGACAUGGUGCACAUCCAGAACUCCACCCUGGCUGGAGGCGUUGCUGCAGGGACAGCCGCAGAGUUCAUGCUCACACCCUAUGGCUGCCUGAUUGUUGGCUUCUGCUGUGGCAUCAUCUCCACACUAGGCUACGUCUACCUUACGCCUUUCUUGGAGUCGAAGCUCAAGAUUCAGGAUACCUGUGGCAUACACAACCUGCAUGCCAUGCCAGGCCUUAUAGGGGGCAUUGUUGGCGCUAUCACUGCUGCAGCUGCAAGCAAGGAGGUCUACAGCGAAGAGGGGUUUAAACUGACUUUUGGCUUUGAGGGGGAGUUUGCACACAGGACCGCCUCGAUUCAAGGAGGACAUCAGGCAGCUGGAAUCGCUGUGGCCUUAGCCUUUGGGUUAGUGGGAGGAACAAUAGUUGGUAUUAUCUUGAAGCUACCGAUCUGGGGUGACCCUGCCGAUGAGAACUGCUUUAAUGAUGAAGUUUACUGGGAGGUUCCUGAAGAUGAGGAGAGCCUUCCACCCCCUGUAGAAUACAACAACCACAUGAUGGGCAAGCACACAGGCCCCUGAAUGUCCAUUUUUAAGGUCUGAAUUGCACUUCUCAAUGGAACAUGGCAUCUAGUUCAACAGCCAGAAGACACUUUCCCUUUAAUUCUGUCAUCACUGGACUGGGUGAGCCCACAUCUUCCUGUCCCCAGUCAGGAUGAUGACUAUGAAUGAGCAAAGGUUUGCACUGGGACUCUGAUUUCCACUGUCCCGGGACCUCAGCCAGAAAGGGAAAUAAAACUCACUCCAGCCUGCCUGUUCUGCAGUAGCUUGAUUAAAAUUAGAAGCAAAGCCCCUCUGACCCUAUGAAGUCCUUUAUAUCAUCGACAUGAAGCAUCACAUUGUUGCGAUGAUGCUGAUCGCCUAGAAGAGCACACAUCAGCGGUGGAGCUGGAAAGGGGACAGAUGGAUGAAUUGCAGUGCUCCAAUCUAUUUUGGAAAUUGGUGUAGAACAUUGAUGUGCUGUAACUUCAGGCCUGAAUGGACAUCUCUGUUACUGUUGUACUGUUACUUCACAGAAUGCUUUUUGGAAGCUAGCGUUAGUAUCAAUAUAAAACUGGCUACACAUUAGGUAAGGGAUUAAUGUGAAAAUUGCACUGUGAAAAACCUAGCUAUGGAACUAUACUGAGAAGCAUCAAAAAAUGCAACAGAUGCUGUUGGUUUUCCACACUCCAUUCUUGUGUUUUCAGUGCUGCUCAGUAUAGCCUUAGCAAUAUUUUUAAAGUUCACUUUUAGCUUUAAAACACUACCUGCUGCUUAUAUAAUCAAGGGGAACAAUGAAGAAUUUUUGCAAUGGAAGAAAAUUAGAAACAUUCUUUGUUUCUUACUUUAAAUGGAGGUACAUCCAUAUUUUCUGUGGCUUGUAUCUGAGCUCUUGUAUGUUUGAGACUCUCGAUUGUGCGACGUGUGAGAACAAAGCAAAACCUCCUGCCAUUCUACUAUUUCUAUGUGAAUAAUUUAUGAUUAUUUUAUCAUUUGCAAAUAUUGUGUAGACAAGGUAUUAUGGUUUUUAUGUGUUUUAGCAACUGUCUGUUCAGAAUGGGUAUAGAAAGGCCAUACUACAUUGUCUGUUCCAUAUAAAGUGAUUGCUUUCACAUUACUCUCCCUCCCCCAUUAAAGAAACACUACAUCAGUGGAUAAUUAGUCACAUGCAUAACCAUCUCAGUUCUUCUAUCACAUGAUGCACUGUAGCACAACAAAAGGAACAUAUUUGUUGUAUCUGACAUUUCUUAACCAAGACAAAAUCGUAAAUGCAAUGACUGUGCCUUAUGCUCAACACUGGACAAGAUUAAUAUAUAGCAAAUGCCCAGAAGAGAUCUGUGUUACAGCAGCUGUAACCUUUGUAAUAAAAUCUGAGGUCUUUGAUAAGAACGGCAGAAAAUCAAAUGAUACCAUUCAGUGUGUCUGUCUCUUAGAUUUGUUUCAUUAACACCUCUCAUGAGCCCCUUUGUUUUGUUUUUUGAUGGCUUGUGAUUAAAGUGUUUUGUCUGUUUGUUUUUUGAACUUUCUGCAAUGUGGUACGAUUUGAUUCUCUAUUUUAAAGGAUUUCUGAAAACAAAAUGGUGUUUGCCAUAUGACCAAUGUAGCACAUUCAUAUUGCCAUAUUUUUGUAAAGGUACUACAUUUGAAUGUUCAAUAAAGCUUUUUUUUCUUUAAUAAAUGAUCAACACAUUGAGAA